GUGUGUCUCACCUGUAGCGACACUGACAGGGACUCUAGUUACCACGGGGAUAAACACAUUUUUUUUUUUUUGAAAAUACAUAUCAAGGCAUUGUUAUAUUUCAUUGAAUAGAAAGUAUCUUUAUCUUGUUCUGUGUCUUUAAGAAACUAGAUUUACGUUGCACACACUGAAAAGGAGUAUUAAAAAAGCGUACUAGUAAAGUGAUAUUAACGGUGACUUUUUCCCGUUGCUAUAUUCAACAAACUGUGAUCCAGUCUGCAGACAGAGAUCAAACAGUCACACGCGGUAAUGAUUUCUCUCAAAAGCAGUGAGUUGGUCUAACAUGAGUCUAUACAACGGACAACUUUGACUUAAAAGAAACCAGAAAAGCUUUUGACCUAAAUAAUUAGCAAGUGCCUUGAAUAUUUUUGUACUGGAUUAUAAUUUCGAGCAGACGUGACCUUCAGUCAUGGGAGAUUUUAAAGGACACGCCUUACCCGGCAGUCUGUUUCUUCUUUACGGUUUGUGGUGGGCGGUGUGUGUCACCAAGAGGUACUUACUUUGUCGUAGAGCAGGCAGCAGAUACAUCUCUUCCGCGACGUUCCCUUGUCCCUGCGCCUGCGGUCCUCUAACCAGGCUACCAAUAGAAGGCUUCAUCAAGGUUGGACUCUCAGGUUUUGGAAUGUUGGCUGAAAUCAUAUUUAAUCUUCCACAUCCGUCUAUGGGCAUAGUUCAGCAUGCUACCAUGUAUUUCUUCUUCUUGAUGUCCGGCAUAGUGGACAUUGCCAGCCACUACGGUGCGCCCUUGCCCCCUGCCACGGAUUACAUCGCCUUAACUUUAGCCUUUGCAGUGGAAGGUCUGCUCUUUGCUAACCACCUUCAUGGCAGACCAAUGGUCGACGUCCACAUUCAUGUCCUGCUUGUCUACGUCAUCGCUCUCACUGUCGUCUGCCUUAUUUUGGAAGCAAAGUUCCAGAAAUCUUCCUUGUUGUCUAUGGCCCGAGCAUAUCUUGUUAUGCUGCAAGGAAGCUGGUUCUGGGGGGUCGGAGUCAUUCUGUAUGGACACCCUAAUGAUAAAACUGCAUGGAAACUAGAUGAUGAAAUGGGUGUCAUGCAAGCUACUAUUUACUUUAGCUGGCACUGUGCCUUCCAUUUUAUCUUGUUGUUUGUUGUGUUUGUCGUUAUGGGCUGCAUCUACAGAAUGCCUCCAGGAGCUCGUUUGAAUGGUAAUGGAGUGGAAAAUGGGCCCAAACAGGAGGAAUACAGAAUGCUAAAAAUAGAGGAUGAUGAGGAUGUCAGUGAUAUAGAGUUUGAGAAACCAGUUACAAAAGGUUUUACUUCAUAAUUAGCUCUUAGUUUUGACUUGAACGCAAAAAAAAAGAAUCAUGUUAUCACAAAGUUAAUUUAAUUAUUUAUAAAAACCUGCAGAGUUAUAAAUUGUUGAUAAAUUGCUAUAUGUUGUCAUGCAAAAAAAAACAUUCACAACUGUGUCAUUCCAUUUUUUAAGUCAAUUAAAAUUAUGACUUUACAGAUAAAUUAUAUUUAUAUUUAUUUAAAACUCAUCUUUAUUAACUAACUUUUGUUCCUAAUUAUAAAUACAAUGCUUGAAAGCAAAACAAAAAUACCAGUUAGGUCUAGAAUUAUAAUUUCUAAGUAAAUGAUUAUUACAUCAAGAUCUCAGAUUUUUCUUUUUAGCAAUAUUUCUUAUCUUAAUCAUUUUAUAACAAUACAUUUUUUUUUUUUUUCAUUUGUUCAAGAUGUAAUGUUCUAAUCAACUUUUUUAUUUUUGCUAAUUCUAAUUUCUCUACAAUAAGCCACUUAAUUGUUUUGACAUCAUUUAUCACCAUUGUAUCAAAUCUGUUGGUAGAAAAACAUUUCCUAAAUCUGGUGUUGAUACAUUAUUUCUUUUUAUUCAUACCCUGAUAAUGAUCUAUAACUAGGCUUCUCAAACUAUUUUAAUAGAGUCCUUCUUUACAUUUUGAGAAUCCUUCUGCUUAUACUUAAAACCCUUUAAAUUUUGUUUUCAUAAUCUUAUAAAAAAUUAUUGCAUUUGAAGAGUAGGUAUAGAUUCUGCAUUCAUUUUGUUUACUGAAAUCCACAAUGUAUGUCACUACUCUUAUUGGUAAUGAUGUUAACAGUUUGAGAAGCUCUGGUUAGGGGCAGAUAAUUGUUGAAUAUCUUUUACAUUUUAAAUUGAAUUGUACAAAAGUAGGACUUUUAUCUGCCCCUUGUUUUAUACACAUAUCUAUCUAUUAUUUACAAGCAAUUUUAUCCAUCUAUAUUUCCUUUCACUGUUUGGCUUUCCUCUCGAGAGCAAUUAAUUUAUAUUUUAAGUGCCAAUUAAUGACUAAUCUCAGGUCCAGUUAUUUUGUUGAUUUCAACCUCUGAAAGCCUUAAAGCGCUAAAUUUGCAUAAUAUUUCUAUUCUUUACAUAUUGCUUUUUUUUUUAUAGUGACUCCUACCUUAAACUAAAAGUACAGAAUUAUAAUAUAAUUGUUAGACCCUCCAUCUGUAGAGCCCUUUACUAUUACUAAAACAAAUUUUACAUUGUUUUUUUUUAAUUUUGUGGAAGGAUAUUUAAUAUUUAUUUAAAUUAUGUAGCUUCAAUAAAAUUAAUGUAAAAACCAGAUUUAGAAACUUUUCUAUGAGAGCUAUGCAUAAUUUAGUUGUAUACUUUUGUUUUCCUUUAUUUUGUACAUUUGUAUUUUAUUACAUAUUUAAAAAAUGAUAGAAAGUAAAAAGCAAUAAUGUAUAACUUUCAUAUUUUUGUAGGCCUAAUUGAUGAUUUUAUCUAUGUUUUUGUUAGCGUCAGCGUGUGUUUCUCUUUCUUAAUGUUUGUUACUGUUGGUGUGUUUUUACUUGUUAUGUUUACUUUGUGUGUGUGUGUCUGUUCACAAGUGCCUGUGUUUCAAACACGGUUUCUAUGUUUAUAUGUCCAUCUGUCUCAAUGUUUAAUUAUUCAAUGUCUAAGUCAGAUUAUUUGUAUCUCAACUCGUACUAGCUCUGGUGGAAUUACAUCAAUGUAAAACUAACAUUACCUAAACCUAGUUCUUUUUUUGUUAUAAGACAUGAGUUUAACAAGUAUUUGUUGCAGAAUUAAAAGCUUAACAUACCUAUAUAAUGGAAGUUUGAAAUACAAAUCAUCAUGGCUUUUUCUUCAUAAGCAUUUUCUGUUUUUCAUUGAUUUUUAUUUUGAUGUCAUUGUUUUAUAGCUACUUUGAAAUAUUCAUUGUACAUCUUUUAUUUACAGCUUUUUAUAAUUUUAUACUUUAUUAUUUUGGCAUCCAAUUAUUGUUUAUUAAAUAUUAGGUAUUAAAAAUGUAGAUCUGUGUUAUAAGCUGGGUAAAAGCAUUGUCCUUCUUGCAUGACCUGUUUUAUUUUCUUAGGGUCAGACACACAACUGGUCUUUAACCCUUUCUAACCCCACACCUACUCAAUGUUGAGAAUCAAUAAAAUACGAUCAAUAUGCCAAUAACAAUUUUAGAUUCAGUGAAAUUAUAUAAAGUAAUUUAGCCUAUGCCUUUCUUAUUUUGUUUUUGUAAGUUUUUAUGUCAUUAAAUAUAGGCUUACCUUUAUAUACAACUUUUUUUGUUUAACUUUAUAAAAGUAAUUUUUUGUAUCUGACAUUUCUAAUCUUAAAUUUAGUUUUUGGUUGACAUGGUUUUUAAUGGAAUAAUAAAAAUUGAGGGAAAAUGAUAAUUUAAAUUUCUAACUCUUCAAAUAUUCCUAUCACAAUAAAUCUAAUUUAAGUAAAUGUUUUUAGCGGCUACCGAAAAGGGAAAAGACGCUAUUAGUUUUGUGUAAAAUGUCUGUCCGUCCUGUUUAGAUCUUGUAAACUAGAAAGGAUAGUAAAAAUCCGACAUCAUAAUAUUUUAGUCCAUUCAAAGUUAAAUUCUGAUGCAACGGGUACUUUUUUUUUCUAAAAGCGAAAAAAAUCUAAUUUUUUAAAUCACUUAUGCAAGCAGUGUUUCAUAACAAUACACCACUUUUACAACUAUUCACUAUUAAUAGUAACAAAUACGGGAGGCUCUUUAGUAGAGGAGGCUACCAUUUACCAUAUUUUUACACAUUUAUGCAAAUGGUUUUAGUUUUUUUUGUAAAAAAAAAAAAAUUUUUUUUUUUUUACAUUUGUAUUGCUACAUUAUUUAAGAGAAAAAAUCUAUUUAGGAUGCAUACGUUGGACAUAAUUUAAAAUAACAAUUAAUAAGUAGGAUUUCAUAUUAUCUCAUGAACUACAGAGAAACACCAUGGUGAUAGAACACUGAACUAAAGGAUUUUUAAUUUUUUUUUUACAGAAAUGUUUUUUCUUUAGGAUUUGAUUAAAAGAUUGACCCUUUACAAAACAAUUAGAUCAAUUAGAUAUUUAUUAUAAGACAUUAGUUAGGCCAGGUUCGCAUUUAACUUCACAUUCACUUUCAAAUAUCUUUUGGUUUGCUUGACCGCUGGGGCACCACACAAGAUCUGUCAACCUUCUUUCUCCAUUCUUCUCUGUCAUUUGUCCUUGAUAGAAUUUAAUUCUGAUGUUCUUUCUGAAAAUAUUGAUACCUGCCUUUUUACCUGCCUGGGUGGACCACUUCGGUGGCCGAUUUUGAGUUUGUGUUUCCACACAAACUGUCUUUGUAACCUUGUUUUAAUUGUUUUUAUCACAGAAAAAAUAAAUUUCAAUAGGGCCUAUAGCCUAUAUCUUUUAAAAGUCUUGAAAAAAGUAAUCUUUUUUUUUUAUACUUUAGUCAACUUUUGGUCUUGAACAUUCUUACAAAAAGAAAAAAAAAACGUGUCCAUAUCACUCGACCUAGCAAAUAGAAAAUGUUUCUGUAUUGGAGUGUAAUCUACAGCUGGAUAGGGAGGAGACAUUAAUUGCUUCAAUGAACUCUGUAAGAGAAUUAAGUUAAUGAAUCUUUAAGUUCUAGAACUUAGAUGGCGAGCCAUGAAGUCUUGUACAGAACACAGUCUCUGUUGACUGUCAAAUUGUUAAAGUAUAUUAUUAUGAAACUCAUUUUGUCGUGCAUUUAUCAUUAUGUCCACAUUUUCAUCAAUCUUGAAUUCUUGAUUAUUGAUAUGAUCAACAUUUGAACAAAUGGAAUGUUUAUAUUUUGUAUUUAUAUUUUUAUGAAUUUUUUCAUUAUACAAAUAAGUAGAAUUCCUUUUUUUUAAUACUAUAUAUUUAAUUUUGUUGUAGUCUUUCAUAGCAAGUGUAUAUUUAGUCUAAUUGGUGUGAGUAUUGUCAACUGAUGCCUAGUCUUUAUGUCACUCUGUAGACUGAAGUUAAUAUUUUUUGUCAACCAUGUCUGACUAAUGUUAUUCUUUUCUACAUGUGAUUAUUGUAGACAUGUUGUGUUUUUUUUUUUUUUGCAGUAUGUAAAGUGCCUAAUGUUAACUCGUUAUCUAGAUUCACAAUGAAUGUGUUAAUUUUGAAAUGCUUGUUGCUGAAAAACAUUUUUUCAAAUACCAA